AUGAAGCGCAAGGAGGAGCAGGCUGAGGGCGAGCAGGCUGAGGCCUCGUCUGCCCAAACUCCCAAAAAGGCGCGGCGCCCCACAGACGAAGUGCAGAAAGGACGUGCCAAGGAAGGAGCGGCAAUCGCUCAGCAGCAGGCAGCUCCCAAGGGUUCGCCGCCGGGCGAGAACCUGGUACAGUCAGCGCCGCCCACCCAACAGGCGGCGGGGGAGGAGGAGGCGGAGGGAGGUGUGGGGGCGGCUAGCGAGGGCAUCGUUGAAGCAGGGCGGAUCGAGUUUUACUACAGGCCCAAGGUGGGCAAGGGCAAAGCGGACAGCUUGGCGGAUGUGCAGCGCUUCUUCAUGCGGCUGCGUCCCAACAAGGAGGGAGUUAGGAGCCGGCUGUGCGUCAUUGGCAAGAAGCGCCUGCCAUCGGCACGGAGGCACGAGGUUGGUACCGCGGGCCAGGCGCCAGCAGAGCCUGACGGCACACGCCACCUGGCCGCUGCUCGAGCACUGGGGCAGGGUACUUAUUGCAUAGUGGACCGCAAAGACCACACAAGACUGGUAUACAGGCUGGAAGUGCCCGCCACGCCCGGGGAGGCGCAGCUGGAGUUCACCAUUGGAGAGCUGGGCAGCUUCAUCUUCACCGUGAAGAACCCGGUGGGGCGAGGCCCUGAUGACCCAGGCCUGGCAGAGAAGGCCGAGUACUCGCCGGAGAAGCAGACGGAGUUUCAGCACUACAGCUGGAUUCCCCUGCUGGACUACCCUCGCUGCGAGUUCCUCCUCGUGGGAGUCAAGGAGGACGAACCGGGGCGGCUGAACAAGGUGGAGCAGCAGCUCGACGAGGCGUCACAGCAGCUGGGCGUCGAAUCGGACGAGGAGGAGAUGCUGGCUGCGAUGAAAGAGGAGAUGCAGGCGGAGAAGCUGGGCAUCAAUGUGAAGCCCGCGGAGACGGGGGAGAUGGCCUGA